CACAUUGUUCUUAAGUAAAAUAUUUACAUCUUUUUACCACAAUAUUUUUAGCAAAGUAUUUACGAUGGAGAGGCUAAACGAUGACUGCGUGUGCAACAUAUUAGAGUUCCUGCCCCUCGUGGAGCAGAUAAAGAUGGCCCGACUGGCGCCGCGCUUCCAGGAGCUUCUCUGCCUGAUUGUGUGGCGCAAGCCGCGCUACCGGAAGAUUUCCGUAUCCGAUUCCAUGCUGGAGCCGCUCUGCAAGGAGGACUAUGUAUACUUCUUCGAGCUUACAAGCCCGGCGAUGGAGGAGCUGUACAUAUGGAACGUGCACAAGAAGGCCUUCGACUCGUACUUGGGUCGCCACCUGAUGAGACCCGAACUGGCGUUCUACCUGCGCCGGGACUACAGCAAUCUCCGCGAGCUCUGCAUCGCGGACGAGAGCAUGAACAACAGCAUGAUUAACACGAUCGCCAAAAGCUGUCGCCGGCUGCGCAGCCUGAGCGUUUCCAGCGCCUAUGUCACUGGGAAGCAUAUCGCUGGUCUGGCCAACCUGGAAUCCCUGGUGGCGCCCGAGUGCUCCGUGGAACAGUCCUACCUGGCUGAGCUGCUGGAACAGCUGCCUCUGAAGCACUUGGACCUCACCUCGAACCGACAUCCGGUGGAGGCGACUAUUCUGCAGGCCGAGGGCAGCAAACGACUGCAGCGCCUCGGCCUGUCGGAUGCCCAGGACUAUGGGUUCCCGUUGGCCGACAGCCUGCCUCAACUGACCCAGCUUGUGGUCAGCUACCACAACAUCAGCCCCCAGGAUCAGUUGGCCAUGCUGGACACGACGCGAAAGCGUGUGGAGAAAGCCGUGGGUAAGUUUCCCAAGCGCCUGCAAUCUAUAUUGUGCAACGUGGUGGAUGUGGAGGUGGCUCUCGAGCAGAUUGCAGGCCUUGAGAAGCGCCAUCCAAGGGACACACCAAAGUUCAACGAGCUGCUAAAGAUCAUGUACUUCUUGUCGAAUCCGCAGGGCGGAGAUAAGAAAUAACCUUGAGAUUGCAGGGGAUCUGCGUCAAAUCUUGACCACCAUGUUUGCCCCUGUAUAUACAUAAAUAGGUACUAGAAGUCAUCCAAGUGACAAAUGGAACUGAUAUGUUUAUCUGCUACCAGCUGCUCCUUGGGGUAAUUAUGUGUCUUCGCAGAUAAGGCUUGUUAUUUUUGUUUACCAAUAAGUUUUCGGCGCCACACGUUCAAACAAUCAGAUCAGUUUUUGAAAGCUACACCAAAUAAUUGUUUACUUUACUCUUGCAAAGAGUAUUAAACUUUUCCGCAGAUACCAUACCAAGUAUUUCAAAUAUAAAAUGUUAUAGUCGUUUUGUGUUAUUUGUUUUUAAUGUGUCCGUCAUUUUUUUAAGUUUUUCCGGUAGCCCUUAAUAAGACGAUAACGGAAAUAUACUUUUAUCUAACUUUCCCUAACCGUUCUUGCUGCUUUAUGAUAAAGUAGCCCGAUCGGCAAGAUUUUGUAGCUUUACGGUUUUUUGUUGAUAGCUUUUACAGCUCGCCAUUAAUCUGUAUAUGACUGUGUUAAAUAAAAUUAUUGUUAGAUAAAAAUAAACAUGUUUUAAAAAAUG